AUGAAGUGCAUCACAGGCGGUGAUGAUGCAACCUGUGAGCGCUGUGCUCGCAAAUCGUUGAAAUGCAUUUUCCAGGAUCAUCGCCGAGGAAGAAAACCGGGGACGCAGCGCAACAAAGCCUCUUCAUCGGCGACGAUAGGCUCAUCUCCUAUGGUGUCGUCCAGACGAGACGAUGAUGGACAAAUCGGGAGCGGUCCGGCGGCAUCGGCAGUACCACAACGAAGUCCUGACUGGAGCAGUGGAAGCCUCCAACCGGACGGGCUGUUCAGCCGCGAAGCAACUCGCGGCAGCUUUUCUCUUGGAAGUAUAUUAAAUGCGCCUGAUUCGAUUCGCCCUGGGUCGCGAUCGAGUGAACCUCUCAUUCCUGCAGACGACCCGAUUCAACUAGGUCUCGUCAACAUUUCAAUCGCCUCGUCUUUGUUUGACAACUUCAUGGAGAACCUCAACCCAUACAUCAGUCAGCUGGAUCCACAACUACACACCUUCGAUCGAGUCCGGCAACAGUCCGCAUUUCUGCUUACUUCAGUCUUGGCAGCCGCUGCGAAAGCUUUCAACCCAGCCCUUCACAAGAAGCUCCGCGAGCAUGCCGAAGACAUCCACGCCAGCAGUUUUCGAAGGGGUACCAAGUCAGUCGAGACUGCACAAGCUGUCAUGAUCUUGACGUAUUGGAAAGAGUCACAGGACACCCGCGCCUGGAUGCUCUUGGGGUACGUCAUCAGGAUGGGCAUGGAACUGGGCUGGCAUCGGCUAGCCCCUUACUCUCACCAUCAUCCGCCCUCGACUUCGGAUCUGGAACGUCGCCAAGCAAGGAACAUUGAGAGGACCUGGUUUGUCUUAUUUGUUUACGAUCGAAGCAUGAGCCUACAAACGGGCAAGCCCUGGAUGAUAGAACGAAGCGAGUUCGUCGAGUCUAUCGAAGCAUGGUGUAAGGACACGAUGGCCACGCCCGGAGACCGAUUUCUUGGUGCGUUGGUUACGUUGCGCCUCUUGAGUUCAGAAGUCUUCAGGCUGCUGGGACCACGGUCGAGUAGGGUUCGCGCCAGGCAACUGCACAACCUCGAGUCUUUGCUUGCCAUAAUCAAGGGCAGAAUCGAGGAAUGGGAAAUGAGGUGGCUCAACAUGGCCGACAAAGACAGUUGCCACUCCUUUCUGAUCCAAUUCUAUGGCACCCACCUUCGGCUGCAGUUGUUCAGCUUGCCUUUGCAGGACAUCCUGGCACAGGCUGAUCAGAACAUAUCGUACCACAUGGAGGCUCUCUGGGUCAGCUACUCUAGCGCCCUGGAGAUGCUACACCUCAUAUGCCGUUAUUCCUCGUGGCUCUACUUUGCCCAAGACUCUAUUCACGUAAUGACCGCGUACAGUGCAGCUUUUCUGAUAAAGCUCUUGAUGUCGACUCCGCAUCCGAUUUCCAGCCAAACAGGACCCGCCAUCCACGGCGCAAUCUCAGGUGCUGCACGCGCGUUCUCCCAGCAAGCUGCGCCGUCAGGCUCAAGCUGUGCGCUCCAGUCUCGGUUCCUCAACAAAAUUUUGGCCAAAAUCUCCAAAGAUUCAAGCGAGGAGCUGGUGGCCCGAGACACCACCGCGACCGAGUCUCACAGCCAGUCUGGAGCCGGCAGGUACACGCGCGGAGCUGAGAGCAGCAUCACGGGAACCUCGGCCCGUGUCUUUAGCCAGAUGGAGGCCGGGUUGACUUUAGACUUUGGAGACGAUGAGGAAUGGGCCGGUAUCAUGGCCGAAGCAGGUUUCAAUGCCCAAGACGGCGUGUUUUUCGCGUGA